AUGUCCAAUAUGAAUUAUAUAUCAUUGUUGGCUUUACUUGGUCCGUCCAAUAUAUUGGAAGAUUUUGAUCAAAGAGAUUUUCUUCACCCAAAUUUUUUUAUUCACUGUUUUUCACGUCCUCAAUUUAUGCCUAUACUUCAAAGAUAUCAAAAUGAUGUUUUAGAAAUGGACAUCUUCUUGCCAGAUUCUUCAAUUGAUCUUGUUGCUCCUUGUAGAAAUCUCUUAUGUCCACGAAUAUCUUUCUUUGUUUAUUGUCAAACAGAAGAUAUUUUAAGAGUGUAUCAACAAAUGCCAAUAUGGAAUAGAUAUGAUUCAGUUUUCAAUAUGAAUAUGCUUCAACAGAAACUGGAACGAAGAGCACAACGUCAUCUUCUAUAUCUUACGGAAUAUUUGGAAAACCGUAAGGAAGCAGAAGAUGCAGAUGCUGCUGAUUUACUUGUUCCAACCGGAGAGAUGUUCGAACGAAAUGCAACAAGAAUCAAUGAAGAAAUUCGACAAAAAAGUUGUCUGGGUACACAACCAGAUGAAGUUGAGAACGGAUGA